AUGGAUUCAAAAACCCGUCUAUCACUGGAUGGUAUAAAUCCUGGUCCAGGAUCUUCAGCCCUACGACGACUUACUCGAAGCCCCGGUCAUCGAAUAAGUCUGAGGCGAUUCAGUAUCGACUCUUCCUCCUCUUCUGCUUCAUCUGUUGUAUCCUGCGAUAUUGGAGCAUCAUCAAGUUGUGUGACUCGCGACACCUCGAGUGACGACUGCGCUCUUCAUAGAUUCAUCGUCUGGGCUGCCGUCAAGCGAAAUGCAUGCGAUAAACUGACACCCCAGGAGAAGCUGGAGUGUCCCAUGUUGCGAUGCCGCAAGCGAUUUGCCAAUCACGAACUCAUGCUGCAACAUCUAUACUCAUGCAGUUGGCUCUCCACAAGUGAGUAUUGGUGCUACGACUGCGGAAAAUCCGAACGCUUCAACGACUCCAAAUGUAAACGGUGCUUGGGACAUCCCUCGAGAAGGAGGAAGAUACUGUCCAUGGCAAAAAGCUUCUUCAACUCCCUGGGCCACAAAUCAAAGCACUCGACCCUACAGGAUUUCGAUCUCGACCUCGACCUCGACCUUAACCUCAGUGAUACCGAGGCACCACCCAGUUAUGACCUGGCUGUGGUUCCGAAUGAGCCUGAACUUCCAUCAAACGAGAUCCACGAAAUUGGGUCUAGUGGUCUAGCUCUGCAUCCUAUAAUAGAGGACGAGCAGGAAAACGAGGCAGAAGCCGAUCCGGCCCCCAUGCCUACCCCCUACAUGUCAUCGUUGCCUGCCCAUGAUCAGGCUCUGCCUAAACACCCCGCAGAGCUCGAAUCAGAUGCAGCUCCUGAAGAGUCUCUUGAUUUCAUGGUACCUCCAGGCACGAUCCAUCCUGUAAGCCUUAUCGACCCUGGCUGUAAUGCGGCUUUGGCAAGGCCUGCCCUCCAACUUCAUACAAUAGGCCUGGAAGAGUUUCGGCGAGAACAGAAGAGGCGGAGCAAGGGCCAAGUGGCACCCAGCACCUCGGUUCGCUCGACAGCCAGUACAAACUCGACUUCAAGCACAAACACCACAGACACUACCUUUAGCAAAGAAAGCUACAAUAUUUCUCCCAUCUCAACCUACUCCGAUCAAUGGGCAAGUGUCCCAGUGUUCGACUCGGACUUCAAUUCGUCUGAGAAUGGCUUUGGGAGCCCAGGAGGCCUCCUCAGGACGAACUCGUUCGCCAUAUCUCGCAAGGCACCCGCGGCCAAGGGCUGGGGGUCGUUAGACGAAAAGGCAGACUUGUCCUAUGACUCCCACCCACACGAUUUCCCCACAGACUUUCCAGUAUUAGGUGCCUUACCUUCUGGCAAUACCUUCCACGACCCUCUCGCUCUUGACCAGCCCAUCUUUACUCUGAAUGACUCUUCACUUCCCACCGACUUCGAUCUCGAGUCGAACCUUGCCCUUACCAACAACAAUGCGGUUAUGCCAUCAUCAAUGACUUCCACUCUACCACACCCAACUGUCAGCUCAUACAACGCUCGAUCUCUGAUUGGCACAAUAUGGAGUACUCUUAGGUUGCAUAUUGCCAACUCAAUGAGUAAACUCGACCACGUUACAAAGAAUCCUCUUAUCACACAACUCAAAAGCUUGACCAGCGAGACAAUAGCUGUGAAAGGUCUUGAUACCCUUGUAGAUAUUAUCGAAGGGCGCCAGCCCAGUGUUCUUUUGGACACUCUCUGCUUCGUUCACAUGAGCUAUUGUUUCUCUUUCAUCAUCCAUGAACACGAUGCUGCCAACCGAUCAGCGGAACUCUUUGGCCAAGCAAUGUCAUACAGCUCUUUGUUCUCGCGAGAAGAUCGUCAAUUGUAUAUACAAAUCGUCAAAGCUAUCUGGAAGCCCGCCAAUAUGACUGAUGCUGGUGUUGUCAGCAUUUUGCGAGCCAAUGCGUCCGCCUCGGUGUCCCGGUCGCCGAGUAUCAAGGGGAAAGAACACGGAUUCGCAGCUACUUACAAGUCUGACGCCGACUCACUUGUGUCGGUUGCAGAAUAUUAUCUGGAUCAGUUAGAGCUUGCCACCUUGAGAGUUGUUGACGAUGUGGUAAUCCAGACCUCUCAACUAUACAUGGAGCACUUCACCAUGAGCAUGAACAUCGACUCAUUACAAGUUGCUGCUGCAGAUCUCAUUCUGAAAAAGAACUUUUGCCAAUACACUUACUGCGGACCCUUUGCAGCAAGCUUGGAUAAUCUUAUCCAGCGCAUCAAUUCCGAGUUCGUAUCAGCGCGGCGCUUAGAACUUGAACUGAUUGAAAUUGGAAAGAUGUCUCUACCUUACCAUGUCUACGAUGAUAGUUACAUCCGAUAUGUGAGAGACCAGAUCCAACCUCUGUAUCCCGUAAAUGCUACUGGGGAGAACAUUCGGUCUACAUAUUAUCGGCAUGGCGUUGAGCUUCUAAAGACGAUAAUAGCUCCAUCUUCGCAACUGACGACUCACCAGCCGAUGCAAGAUAACGGAGUUCCAGAUACCGUGAUGCAGUAUACUCUCGAUGAUGAGUUUUCAUUCUUGAACGACACCACAGAAACGGAGCCUUUUGAUUUCGGUGGGAAUAUCCCGUUUGGUCCUGAGCAAAAUCUUGAACUUCUGGAUCUGUCGAAUGCUGUUGACCCUGGCACACUACACCCUCAACCACUUCCCACUCCCGCAGACACCGGCUCGGCUCGGGAGACUCCAAUGACAGCAAACUCACCAUCUGUGCCCGCUACGUCUACGUCUGCGGCUCCGGCUGCGUCUUCAGCUUCAGCCUCGGCGACGAAGGCGAUCCUCGCUGGUUCAGUUGCAGCCUGUCUAAGCACAUGA